AUGGAGUCCAUGAUCAGUCCAAACCAGAUAACCAGUGAAGUUCCGAAACUAGCCUCAACACUUUUGGACGAAGAAUACGUUAACGGUGAGGACCUUCGAAAUGCCACUCACGACCAAGCGAUUCAAGCGUUCCGUCAAGCCAAGGAACCAAUUAUCGUGGAAGUCGCACGUCGUGGAUUGAGUGUGGAUAUCACGAAUUCGGGAAGGGAUCAUGCGGGUGCGGAUGAGACAUCAAAUCUGCCCAAGGAUUGUGCCCCAACUCAACAAUCCAUUGCGGUGCAAACGGAUAUCACGGCCGAAGAAGCCACAUUGGCUGCCAUGGCAGCAGCUGCUCUCACGACCGAGGAUAUUCGAGCUGCUCUCAGUUUGCAUCACAACGAUUUGGCCGGUUCCGAAUCGGAACAGUACAAACGGCAAAACUGUGUCUGUCAGGACGCAGUGAACGAACAGUACGAUCGACACGAAUAUCCCAGAUUAUUAGCCCAGCGGUGUCAGGCACGAAGCAUGUCACGUCAAGGUCAUCCAGCCCGGAGUCCAACAUUCUGGUCUGGCAUACCGUUGGAACAUAUCCAAUUCACGGAGAUCAAGCUGAUGCGCAAUUCCCCCACAGAAAAGUACGGACUGACCUUGUGCUACCGGAACGCGGACGGAAAUGCGGAUAACUGUGAUGUAUAUGUCGGAGAGAUUGAACCGCACAGUGUCGCUUCACGGUGCUCAGAUAUUCUGGUCGGUGAUCGAAUAAUCAAAAUUAACGGUGAAUUGAUCAAAUCUCGCACUCACGUGAUUGAUCUGUUCAAUCAAAGUGAGGAUGUGGCCACACUACUGGAAUUCAAUCGACCGGAUCAAGACUCGGGAAUCGGUCGAACUACCGAUGAAAGUGCGAGAACAGAAGAGAGUUCGGAACAAGAACUCGAUAUGGACCAUAAAUCUCGUCUGACCGGCACCAGCAGCACAGACACCAAUGUCUCCUACUGGCCUUCCAUUCAUCCACCCUCUAGCAGUAUUCAACCUCCAACAGAGUUAAGUCAAGCAUUUCUCACCUCCCCAAUCCCACUCUGUGAUGUAUUUGCCAAUUACAAUCCCGUGGAUCCGAUUGAUCAGGAAUUAGUGCAUUUGGGUCGUUUGAUGCAAUCCCUGGCCGUGCACUGUCGACAACUGGUUCAAACGAAACUGGCCUGUCGUACUCCACCACGUGGCGGAGACACGCCAACCGGACCACCAGCAUCCACACGAGCCCGAACAGUAACAGACACUCCCACAGGCCCGUCCGACUCCACCACAAUCCCGGUGUCCUCUACCAUGUGCACUAACACAACAUCCUCAUCCUCAUCCUCGUCUAAUUCGUCCGCAUCGUCAUCCAAUGUGCGACAGACAGGUGGUGAGAGCACGCCAGCAACUCCAAGGGUUCCACGAAUGGGCACCCGAAUGGAACCCGGAGUGAUGACCUAUUCCAACACGAAUGAAAUACCGAUUCCGGCCGCAGGGAAUCGUUUGAAUCCACCGAGCUCAAGGACCAAUGCCGAUCGAACACAGACAAAUGGAGUUGGUCUGAGUAAAAGAAAUGCCGAGGGUAGUUUCAAUCUUGAGCUUGACGGAAAACAAAAUUCGCUCUCGAACGAUCUCACUCAAUCGGGCUGUUUCGAAAAGUUACCUGAAACAUAUCAGGUUCCGGAGGAACGAAGACAUACUCCCAGUGGUCAAACCAGUGCCUAUUGUACUGGUGAAAGUCUUCGCAGUCAUCCUGAAACCGUAGGUGUCGGGAUUCGCCUGUGGCAACCCUCUGAGCAUAAUACGACACCUCGCACAGGAGAUGAUCCGACCCGCCCAGAUGGAACAGCAGAAUCCUCUUCAGGGUGGACUGGACCGGUGACCGCUUCCCUUUCUGACCUCGGUGGAUCUCUGCUCUCCUUAGCCGCCACUGUACCUAGUAUGCAGAACUUUUUCCCAACAGCCAGCGAAUCAAUUGCAAGUUCAUCACGUGUCCUGGCCGAAUCACUCAGUCCCUUGUCCAACUGGUCCAUUGAUGGUAGCUCACAAUCGAAUCAGAGAUGCACCGCACAGAUAAGCAAUGCAGUUUGUCCGCGAGGCAACAAAACACCCGCCGCGGUGACCGGAUUACGUCACUUGUCUGCAGAUGGAAGUCGUGAGCGUCUGGGAUCCAAUGGCCUUCCCCCACAUUCGGAAGAUUCCAAACGGCCUGGAAGAGGUGGGAGUGUUGGCGGGGGUUCUGGGCAGACAAUCUCAUCUGUUGACAGCUUUUCUUCCAAAAGAACUGGUGCAGCUCCGACUGGUUCCGACGGAAAACUACCAUCUUCUCUGGAAGAUCAGAGCCCACAUCGUACCAGUCAUCACCACCACUACCAUCAUCAUCACCAUCCCCAUCGACGUCGACCCGCAUCCAAUGAGCCACGGAGUCACAACCCUAUGGAGCUCAGUUUGAGCAAACGCAGUGAGUUUAUCCAUGCCAAUUAUGAUAUGUGA